AUGACGACGGAACACAAGCCUAAACCUCUCCCAUUCAUCGCGAACUUUGCAGCCGGGGCCAUAGCCGGAAUAUCCGAGAUCCUAACGUUCUAUCCUCUUGAUGUUGUUAAAACUCGCAUGCAGCUAGAGACCGGAAAGUCAAAGCAUGGGCUUGUAGGAACAUUUACCAACAUCAUCAAGGAGGAGGGCGCUGGUCGUUUAUACCGAGGGCUGGUUCCUCCAUUGCUUCUGGAGGCUCCCAAACGCGCGGUCAAAUUUGCUGCCAAUGACUUUUGGGGCAAGACAUACCUAGAUCUUAGCGGUGAAUCCAAGAUGACCCAAUCGCUGUCUAUCCUCACUGGAUGCAGUGCCGGAGCUACAGAAAGUUUCGUCGUCGUGCCAUUUGAACUGGUGAAAAUCAAGCUUCAAGACAAGACGAGCACGUUCAAGGGGCCGAUGGAUGUGGUUAAGCAGAUCGUGAGGAAGGAAGGGUUGUUGGGCUUAUACGCCGGCAUGGAAUCGACGUUCUGGAGACAUCUGUACUGGAACGGAGGAUACUUUGGGUGUAUCCACCAAGUCCGAGAGAUACUUCCCGCAGCCCGGACACCUGAAUCACAACUUAUGAACAACUUUAUCGCUGGCGCCGUUGGUGGGUUCGCUGGUACUGUACUGAACACACCGUUCGACGUCGUGAAAUCACGAAUCCAAGGAUCCCCGCGAGUCCCAGGGGUGAUACCAAAAUACAACUGGACCUACCCCGCCCUCGUCACCAUCGCGCGCGAAGAGGGGUUCGCGGCGCUCUAUAAGGGUUUCGUGCCCAAGGUGUUGAGGCUGGCGCCCGGGGGAGGGGUGUUGUUGCUCGUUGUGGAGUUCACGUUGGGGGUAUUUAGAAAAGCCCUUGGACCGCCGUAUGUUUAG